AUGCGUCGAGGAAAAAUCUAUCCGAUUGCCGGUGUUCUCAGUCUGAUUGUAGUUCUUGCAGGACUACACAUUGGUUGGGAUUUCCCAAUACUGAUUAGAAAUCGUCAUUACUACUUUCCAAUUCUAUUUUCUCUGGGACUUUUUUACACCGUGGUAAAUUAUCUUUUCGCUGCCUUACAUGAUCCUGGUGUAAUACCACGACCAGAUGCGGAUGAGGUCCUUCGCAUCGAAAAAGAGCAUAAUAUUCAAACUGAUUUAAAUGGGAGGUACUUUCCAUCGGUACCACCGCCAACAACUGUUCUUGUGCGGAGUUUUCCCUAUUCAUCUUCUUAUUGUUAUACAUGUCGAACUUAUCGAUUACCCCGUGUUUCCCAUUGUUCAGUUUGCAAUGUUUGCGUGCAGAACUUCGAUCAUCAUUGUCCUUGGAUUAAUAACUGUGUUGGUUUACUGAACUACCGUUAUUUUUGUAAUUUUGUUCUAUCUUGUUCAAUUUUGUGUUUGUUCGGAUUGAUUGAUAGUGGUGUAGCAGCGUAUCUUCGAUGGGAUCUGUAUAAAGAUAACCCCGGAAUUUACGUUGCAUACAAUAUUCCGUGUUUUUUCAUUGCUGUGGUUGGCUUUUUCCUAAUGUUUACUCUUGCCUCGUUCUGGUGCUACCAUUGUGGUUUAGCAAUGAAUGGAAUAACAACGAGAGAUGAUAUGCGGUAUCGAAAACAUUUGGAAAGAAAUGAACUUCCGCGUGGUUCACGAUGCCGAAAUCUAAUGGAAUCAUGGUGCGGCCCUUUACGACCACCAGUGGAUUGGAGCAAACUGUACGAUGCCGAUCAUUACACAAAGCAGGAACAGAUCUAUAAAAAGAUACGUCCAACUUUGUUGAGCAAUACACUGAUUGUACCAGCACAGAAAAUUCGAGAACAUGUCUAUCAUUUAGCAACAAAUAACUAUCAUGGUAUUGAGCAGCAAGUCACAGCAUAUCGUCAGGCAGUUCCAGUAUCUUUGGAUCAACAAUCAAUCGUACCAACAAUAAGUGCAUUUCAUCAUCUUCAAACUUACACGAUUGAAAUUAAUGCUGUUGAAAAUAAUCAAAUGGAUGCUCACUAUUUGUUAAUUGACGUUGUGCAACAACCAAAUCUUUCGAUCUUUUGGGAUACCAUAUGGAAUUACCACAUAUCAUCGAUUAUAAUGCUCUACGAAAUCAAGGAUAAGAAUGCUCUUAUACGAUAUUGGCCAGAUGAAACUAGCUCGUCACUAACUAUUGAACGAAAGUAUCAGAUUGACCUAGUUCAACGAUUGCAGCGGUUAGAUACUGAGACUAUUCAAUUUCAAUUACAAAAGAUUGGUACUACCGAAACCCGUGAUAUUGAGCUAUUUCAAGUGAAAAACUGGUCAGAGACUACUUUUGGAUUAGAUCCUGUUUCUCUCUUGCGUUUACAGUAUCAAGUAAACGAGAAAGAGAAAAAAGAAAGACUUCAUAACGGGAGUCCAAAUAUAAUCGCUAUUCACAGUCGCGGAAUCGACACACCUGCGAUAUCGUAUAUGGCGAUUGAUAUUAACCGACGUCUGCUACACAGAUAUGGCUUUAUUAAUGUACUGAAUACGAUUACGCAACUAGAUAAACAGUUACCGGCAUGCACUAUGACUUCAGAAGUGCUGAAAAUUGUAUACACGGCAAUACUUCAUUUAUCUGCUUGGACUUAUUCUCCAGAUGUGGUAACAUUUCAAGGAUUGAAUGAAGAGAUUAGUCGACUGCUUCAAACUAGAGUUGGUUCUUAUUAUCAAAAUUCAUUUGUCGAAAUGUUGCAAUCCUUCACUACGAAUAGUUUGAAAGAACUAGAGGCAAUCAUUCCAUUGAAUAUAAAUGAAUCUUGGCGAUCGAUAACCAUCAAUCGUUGUCCUGUGUAUUUUAUCGAUAGCUAUUUACACUCGAGAGUCUUUGUUUUAACCGUUGUUCAAGAUCGUCAAAGUCUUAUAAAAAUCAUAUCAGAAUGCAAAAUUCGACACUGUUUUCUAUUUCAACAUAGUAGUCACGUCGAUGCGGGUUUUAUUGAGCAACAACGAUUAUCAUUGGAUAGUGAUUUUGUGUCGACUGAUUUUCGUCGAUAUUACAAUGAACAAUCGACAACUUUCUUUUAUCAACCGAUUACUUCAAUUCGAAGUAUUCCACUACACCGGUUAGCUCAGCUUUUAGUUAAUCUGGAUAUGGACAAUGAUCUACCUGUUCUCCUACGUGUUGAUGAUAUACGUGAUGGUGCUAUUGCGUGUUUAUUAGCAAAUUUAAUGGAAGAAAUGAGUAUUGAUAAUACUGCUGAUAUAUCUCAUCAAGCAAGGAAAAUUGCAUUUACUUGUCCUACGUUUCGAACAGAAGAUGAACUGAGAAGUAUGUAUGAAUGGCUAAAAGCUUGGACAGAAGAUGAAGUGCAUAACGGAACGAAGUAG